AUGGAAGCUCCGGUGAAUUCUGAGAAAUCACAGCUUGUAAAUGAGAAGAAUACCAAAAUGUAUUCACUAAAAAGUGAUUUUACGGAUUCCAAGGACAGCUAUCCCAGCAUGCCUGUGGAGAACGGCGACGUGGCCGGGGCCAUCGAGCUGAGGAGGCCCGUCCGCGCCCACUGCCCUGGCCACAAAGCGUCCAGCACGGAGAGUGGCGACCGGCUGCUCGCUCAGAAGAAGCUCUACAUCGCCUCCAUAGUGUGCCUGGUGUUUAUGAUCGGAGAGGUGAUAGGGGGCUACCUAGCUCACAGUCUGGCCAUCAUGACAGACGCUGCUCACCUCCUGACAGACUUCGGCAGUAUGAUGGUCAGUAUCUUCUCUCUGUGGAUCUCAUCCAGGCCACCUACCAAGACAAUGAACUUUGGCUGGCAUCGGUCAGAGAUCAUGGGAGCGCUGGUGUCUGUCAUGUCCAUCUGGAUUGUGACAGGUGUUCUAGUGUACCUGGCCAUUGACAGGAUCGUCCGGAAUGACUAUGAGAUUGAGAGCCACGUGAUGCUCCUCACGUCCGGCUGUGCUGUAGUGGUCAACAUCGUCAUGGCCUAUAUCCUGCACCACUCCACCACGUUCCACGCCCACGGCGCCGGCUACCAGAAGAUCGACGAGAACGGCGUGAGCCUGAGCCCCGUGGGCCACGGUCACUCGCACGGCCUGAUGGGUCACUCGCACGGCAGCACCAGCGUGCGCGCCGCCUUCAUCCACGUGCUGGGAGACCUCCUGCAGAGCGUGGGGGUCAUGGUGGCCGCCAUCAUCAUCUACUUCCGGCCUGAAUACAAAGUAGCUGAUCCUAUUUGCACCUUCCUGUUCUCCGUGUUCGUGCUGGCGACUACAUUCACAAUCAUGAAGGAUGUUUUUCAGAUACUCAUGGAAGGGGCGCCGAAAGGCAUUGAUUUUAACUCGGUGAAGGAGGUGCUGCUGUCUCUGAGGUGUGUGAAGGCCAUACACAGCCUGCACCUCUGGGCUCUGACCGCAGGCCAAUCACUGCUGUCUGUCCACCUCGCUAUUGAGGACAAAGCUGAUCCACAGGCCGUUCUGAGAGAGGCCACCGAGCUCCUGCAGACCAAGUUUGGCUUCUACAGCACCACCAUCCAGGUGGAGUCCUACUGCGAGGACAUGGUCCACUGCGCCCAGUGCCAGGACCCGCUGGACUAA